CAAGCCGGUGACUCCUACAGCGACAUCAAGCUAUUCUAGUAGUGUGGCUAAAAAGCAUUGAUAGCUCACUUGCUCUUGUCCCUAGUUAAUAUUCUGACACGUAGUAUACGUCAGAAAUAACCAGUCGCUUGGUGUAUAAUUGCACGCACGGCAAGUUUUUAAAAUUGCUAAUUCCUGUAGUGUUAGGCACUGGUUCACUGUUAACAAUCAAAUUAAACUUCUCUGCUGACUGAAGGUCACGAUGAGGAGGGAACUGUCGUUAUGGACAUUCUGUUGCCUUGUUGUAGCAUUAUUGCCUUCUCAAACAGCCUCCGUUGCAGUCAUGUCUGUCGACUUGGGCAGUGAAUGGAUGAAAAUAGCUAUAGUCAAGCCUGGUGUGCCAAUGGAGAUUGUCCUGAACAAGGAGUCAAGAAGAAAAACUCCGGUAGCUGUGUGCUUAAAAGAAAAUGAAAGACUUUUUGGAGAUGGUGCUCUUGCAGUGUCUGUGAAGAACCCCAAAUUUGUUUACAGAUAUCUGCAGAACCUCCUGGGGAAGAAGGGGGAUAACCCCCAGGUCGCACAAUAUAAAAAAUAUUUCCCAGAGCACCAAAUAGAAACAGACGAGAAGAGGGGGACAAUUUAUUUUAAAUAUUCAGAAGAAAUUCAGUACUCUCCAGAGGAAAUCCUAGGCAUGGCUUUGAACUACUCUCGCGGACUGGCUCAGGACUUUGCAGAGCAGCCCAUUAAAGAUGCAGUAAUCACCGUCCCAGCCUACUUCAACCAAGCGGAGCGUAGGGCAGUCUUAAACGCCGCCCAGAUGGCAGGUCUUAAGGUUCUUCAGCUUAUUAAUGACAAUACUGCCGUAGCUUUGAACUAUGGGGUCUUCAGAAGGAAGGACAUCAACUCAACGGCCCAGAACGUGAUGUUUUAUGAUAUGGGCUCUGGCAGUACUGUGGCCACAAUUGUCACUUACCAGACGGUGAAGACGAAAGACAUGGGUACACAGCCACAGCUGCAGAUCCGUGGAGUGGGGUUUGAUCGGACUCUGGGUGGAUUUGAAAUGGAGCUUAGGCUUAGAGACUAUCUGGCCAAGCUUUUUAAUGAACAAAAGAAAUCCAAAAAAGAUGUAAGAGAGAACCUCCGUGCCAUGGCCAAACUGCUCAAGGAGGCCCAAAGACUUAAAACUGUACUGAGUGCCAACGCAGAGCACACGGCUCAGGUUGAGGGCCUCAUGGAUGACAUUGACUUCAAAGCCAAGGUGACUCGCACUGAGUUUGAGACUCUGUGUGCAGACCUGUUUGAAAGAGUUCCAGGGCCGGUGCAGGCUGCGCUGGGUUCAGCCGAGAUGUCCAUGGAUGAGAUUGAGCAAGUCAUCUUGGUGGGAGGAUCAACCAGGGUACCCAAAGUGCAGGAAGUACUGCUGAAAGCUGUCGGAAAACCAGAACUGGGCAAGAAUAUUAAUGCUGAUGAAGCUGCAGCAAUGGGUGCUGUGUACCAAGCUGCCGCCCUCAGCAAAGCUUUCAAAGUCAAACCUUUCCUGGUCCGCGACGCCGCGGUGUUCCCGAUUCAGGUUGAAUUCAGUCGCGAGACUGAGGAGGAAGAUGGAACAAAAAGCCUCAAGCACAACAAACGCAUUCUGUUCCAGAGAAUGGCUCCUUAUCCCCAACGGAAAGUCAUCACCUUUAACCGAUACACGGGCGACUUUGUCUUCUACAUUAACUAUGGAGACCUCAGCUUCCUCGGUGAACAAGACCUCAGAGUGUUUGGCUCUCAAAAUCUGACAACGGUUAAGCUGUCUGGAGUGGGCGAGAGCUUCAAGAAACACGCAGACGCUGAAUCGAAGGGAAUCAAGGCGCAUUUUAACAUGGAUGAGAGCGGAGUGCUGCUUUUAGACAGGGUCGAGUCUGUGUUUGAGACUGUGGUGGAGGAGAAAGAGGAGGAGUCAACACUGACAAAACUUGGAAACACAAUAUCAAGCCUCUUUGGAGGUGGAAGCUCAGAGCCUGCCCAAAAUGCAACAGAGCCGGUUCAGGAUGAAGAGGAGGUUCCACCAGAGGCAAGUAAAGAUGAACAGACAGAGAAAGGUGAGUCUGCCAGUGAGAAGCAAGACGAGAAGCCAGAAGGUGAGCCUGAGGAGAAGAAAGCAGGUGAAGACGGGUCCGACAGCAAAGCGGAGGCCCAGGGAGAAAAGGAGGCGAAGCCUGAGAAGACAGACGAUGGCGGAAAAACGGGGGAUAAGGAAGAUAAAGAGGAUAAAGAGGCAUCAGACAAGAAAGCCAAAUCCCAGAAAAAGAGUAAGAUAUCUGAAGAAAUAGGGGUGCAGCUUGAGGUUAAUGACGUCCCUAAUCCGAGCCCUGAGGAUAUCGACGUCUCCAAAAAGAAGCUGCAGGAUCUCACUAAUCGUGAUCUGGAGAAACAAGAAAGGGAGAAAGCCCUCAACAGCUUGGAAGCGUUCAUCUUCGAAACACAGGACAAGCUGUACCAGGAGGAGUACCAGGCAGUAGUGACCGAGGAGGAGAAAGAGGAGAUCUCCGGGAAGCUGAGCGAGGCGUCCAACUGGAUGGACGAGGAGGGGUACUCGGCAAACACCAAGGAGCUGAAGGAGAAGUUGUCGGAGCUUAAGAAGCUGUGUAAGUCCAUGUUCUUCAGGGUGGAGGAACGUAAGAAGUGGCCUGAUAGACUGGCAGCCCUGGACAGCAUGCUCAACCACUCCACUGUCUUCCUCAAAAGUAUGAAACUCCUUCCAGAGGACGAUCAAAUAUUUACCGAGGUAGAGAUGAAGACUUUGGAAAAAGUUAUUAACGAGACCAUGACGUGGAAAAACGACACGGUGGCUGAGCAAGAGAAACGCUCUCCCACAGAGAAACCGGUUCUGCUGUCGAAAGAUAUCGAGUCCAAGAUUUCUCUCUUAGAACGCGAGGUCAACUACCUCCUGAACAAGGCCAAGUUCACUAAACCGAAGACUAAACCCAAGGCCAAGGACAAGAACUCCACCAACACAGAGGGCAGCAAAGGCAACAGCAGCUCGGCGGACUCGGAGAAAGUCAUUCCUCCCAAGGACGAGUCGACGGAUAAAGUUGAUGGUGAGGAGGUGAAGCCAGCGCAAGAGCCCCCCACUGUGGAGAAUACAGGAGGAGAAUCUGAAUCGGAGAGCCAGCCAAAGCCGACUGAUGAAAGCACAGAGACAUCCGAGAACGAUAAAGCAGAAAACCAUAUAGGAGAUGAAUUAUAACAACUGGAACUCUUGGAAUUUUUUUUUUUGCUGUAUUUAUUGACUGUGUUUAAUUGUUUUUUUUUUUUUUUCUUUUUUCUUUUUGUUAAUCUGUUCUCCUUCAUCAAACGCAAAAAGUGUCAUACGUUCAGCUCAGAUAUACGGGUUUUACAUUUCAGUGGUGUUGAAAUGCCCCCCCCCCAAGGUUUCUUUCUUUCUCUCCCCCCCCGCCGACUUUAGCAUCACCUUCACACCCCCCAUGGCCACACGCACCUUUUCUCUCGUCAUGACAACGACGCGUAUAGUAUGUACAAAGACAAAACAACAAGCAACUUCACUCUAACCUUAGUUUGUCUUGAUUCUCUGCUUCAGUAGUGGUUUUUUUUUUUUCCAUUCGUCCUUUCAGAUCUUUAGCCCACUGCUUUGCCCAUUAGCAGACAGGCGUAGGCACUUAUGAAUCAUAAUGGGUCGUGUCGGACCAGAUCGAGAACGUUAAUUGACGUCUUCUGACCUCAACAUUGAAUCACAGGGUUCCGUGUCAAACCUGAAUGUGCUGAUUCUCUGUUUUAUUGAAUUCGCUCAAAUUGCGGCUCUUGUUUUUACUGUAGGUUGUUCGGAUUCCGUGUUAAAUUCUCUCUGAGAAGCCCGUUGGCUCUCCUUGCAUUGAGAAACAAAAAUGCCUUCGUCAUUAAAAACCCCUGAUGUAUAUUUCACACGCUGAUCCCCAGCACUGACUUCUCCGACAUACCCAGUCCACAACAUGUGACGUUCAGUCACGCUCAUCUGAAACAUUUAGCUGACUUUUUUUUUUUUUUUCCCCCUUCUUUCCUCGGAUUCCGGUGUGUAUUUUAAGGCCAUUUGACUGCACUGACAUCAGAAGAAUAGCCUGGAGGGUUUUCUUUUUUCUUUUCUUUCUUUUUUUUUUUUGUUUUCUUUCAUCAAUUCACCUGUUCUGAAAAGAAGAAAGAAAAAUAAGACCAGACCUGACGUGAAGUUUGGAGACGUGUCUAUUUUUGCAUCGUCCUGGUUUUGAGGGAUUGAGGAGAAAAGAUUACAAAUGGACUGGGAAAGGGAGACAAUUUUGUUUCUAAGCUGUUAAUAAAGUCUCUUUUUUUUAAAA